AUGGAUCUCGUUAUUGUCAGGAGGGAGAAGCUGCGGCACAAGGGGGUGGCAUCGAUGAGCCUGGUAAUGCUUGUGGUCGUCGCCAUGGCGGUUGUCGUCAUGCAGCAGGAAGAUCAAGGUCAUGUGACGGAGCUGACUGGGAGCGCAAGUAGGAGGCUGGUUGGAGCUCGGCUCCCCGCCUUCACUCCAGCAGCACUUGCGCUCGCUCCCGUGGAGAAGAAGGAGCUGUCAAAGCACGAGAAGGAAGUCGAUGGGAUCCUGAAGGAGGAGAAGAGGAGGCAGGCGGAGCGGAACAACUCUUCCUCAACGGGCCCAGCUCUGAGCAAGAAGGACCUGGCCAAGAUCGAGGCGGCUGCUCGAGCAGCAGCAGAGAAGAACAACAAGCUGCUCGAGGAUGCUGACAAGCAGCUUGAGGCAUCGCAGGAGGAGCUGGGAGGAAAUGCGGUCAACGUCCCCCUCCUCUCAUCGCGCAGGAACGCAAGGUGGCACCCGGCUCACAAGAGUCUGAGCUCCUACGUAGCCAUGGCAAUGAAGGAGCAGGAGCAGGAGCAGGAGCAGGAGCAGGAGCAGGAGCAGGAGCAGGAGGAUGCGGAGGUAGUGGUGGAGCAGGAGGCCACAGUGGCGGACAAGGACGCGAGGAAGGCGUACAGCAGUGCCAAACAGGCGGCAGAGAGGAACAAGAAGCUGAUGGAGGAGGCGGGAGAGAUGCUCCAGCAUUCAGCAGAGGAGCUGGGAAGAGACGCAGUGUCGCUGCCGUCGCUGGGAAAGCCUCUAGGAGGAAAACCUUCACCUCUCUACGAGAAGGUGGUUGGAAGGAGCAAGCGGAUGGAGAAAGAGGAGAAGCGAGGGGGGGAGGCAGCAGAGACACAAGCGCUUGGGCCCUCUUCUACGGGAACCAAGGGAGAGGAGGAGGAGGAGGAGGAGGAGGAGGAGGAAGGCAGCAGCCAGCAGGGGUCAGACGAAGGAGUUGAGAGUCGCUUCCUCAAGGCCACAGCUCUUGCUAGAGUUUUCUAG